AUGGAAUACGCGUUCAGUCCAGAAACUUGGGCGGUAAUUAAAUUUGGAUAUGAGGCCUUAUCCUACGUCUGGGGCACAGCGCAGAACCCUUCCCGAGCAUAUGUCUCCUGUUCAAAUGCCUCUUCACAGGGCGUCAUCUCGAUUGGUCAAAAUCUCGAUGUUGCACUCCGCCAUCUCCGAUAUGAGACUGAGCCGCGAAGACUCUGGAUUGAUGCACUGUGUAUCGAUCAGACCAAUUUGAAUGAGCGGUCUUCGCAAGUUUCAAUCAUGGAUAAAGUUUACAGCAUUGCCACUCGUACUGUCGCCUGGCUGGGACCAAAUAGGAAUAGU